GUGCAUAAAUAUUAACCAACGAAGAAGACCACCAACGGCUAGGUUAGCUAGCAAGCUAGAACUUGCAAGUUGUACGUUAAGUUAAAUGUAAGACACAACAUGUUCGUUCACACAGUCAGACCGUGGCUGCUUCGUUGCCGGGCUUUUCCUUUGGCUCGCACGAGGCCUUACCACGCGGAUCAAGUCGCUCGUGUCGGCUCUGAGCUGGACAAACAGUCUGCAGAAUAUCAGGAGAAUUAUGAACGAAUGCAGAUUCUUUGUGAUCAACUCAAAUCCCGCACAGAGAAGAUCAAACUAGGAGGGGGAGAAAAGGCCAGAAGACUUCAUACAUCCCGGGGGAAACUCUUGCCUAGAGAGCGUAUAGACAGACUGCUCGAUCCAGGGACCCCUUUCUUGGAAUUUUCCCAGUUUGCUGGCUAUGAAUUGUAUGGAAAAGAAGAAGUCCCAGCAGGCGGGAUAAUUACAGGCAUCGGGCGUGUUUCAGGGGUGGAAUGCGUUGUUGUUGCAAACGAUGCCACUGUGAAGGGGGGAACCUACUACCCAGUAACAGUCAAGAAGCACCUGCGUGCACAAGAGAUCGCUAAGGAGAACCACUUGCCUUGUAUUUACUUGGUGGAUUCUGGAGGAGCGAACCUACCCAGACAGGCAGACGUCUUCCCAGAUAGAGAUCACUUUGGCCGCAUCUUUUACAACCAGGCCACACUCUCCUCAGAGGGAAUAGCGCAGAUUGCGGUUGUAAUGGGCUCCUGCACCGCUGGAGGAGCAUAUGUUCCAGCCAUGGCUGAUGAAAGCAUCAUUGUGCGGAAGCAGGGAACCAUCUUCCUGGGGGGGCCGCCGCUGGUCAAAGCUGCCACAGGAGAAGAGGUCUCUGCCGAGGAUCUUGGUGGUGCUGAUCUUCACUGCAAAAAGUCUGGUGUGACAGAUCACUACGCUUUAGAUGAUAACCACGCUCUCCAUUUGGCACGAAAGACAGUGCGAAGCCUGAACUACAAGAAACAAAUUGAGGUCACCACAGAACCCACUGAAGCCCCUCUGUACCCUGCAGAUGAACUCUAUGGCAUCGUGGGAGAUAACCUGAAACGCAACUUUGAUGUCAAAGAGGUCAUCGCCAGAAUUGUGGAUGGCAGUAAAUUUGAUGAAUUCAAGGCUUUCUAUGGAGACACACUUGUUACGGGAUUUGCCAGAAUAUUCGGUUACCCUGUUGGGAUUAUUGGCAACAACGGAGUCUUGUUUUCAGAGUCUGCGAAAAAGGGAACACAUUUCAUCGAAUUAUGUUGCCAACGAAACGUUCCGCUUAUUUUUCUCCAAAAUAUAACAGGCUUCAUGGUGGGUAGAGAGUAUGAAGCUGGAGGAAUUGCCAAAGAUGGAGCUAAGAUGGUAACUGCAGUGGCCUGUGCCAACGUACCCAAGUUUACAGUCAUCAUCGGAGGCUCCUACGGUGCAGGAAACUACGGCAUGUGCGGCAGAGCCUACAGCCCUCGAUUCUUGUACAUGUGGCCCAAUUCUCGGAUCUCCGUCAUGGGAGGUGAGCAGGCAGCCACUGUCCUGGCCACCGUCACCAAGGAUCAGAGGGCACGUGAGGGGAAAGAGUUUACAGCGGAGCAGGAGGCUGCCAUGAAGGAACCCAUAGUGCGGCGGUUUGAGGAGGAAGGAAACCCGUACUUCUCCAGCGCCAGACUGUGGGAUGACGGGAUCAUUGAUCCUGCUGAUACUCGCAUGGUUUUAGGACUAAGCCUGAGUGCAGCGCUGAACGCACCAACGAAGAAGACACGUUUUGGAGUCUUCAGGAUGUAACGCUCCUUCGGCCUGUACAGCCGUGACUCUGAACUUUUACUGUACUAAUAUUGUUAGUUAGUAUUUUUGACAUGUUGUUAUUAUAUGAAAACAGACAUAAACAAGGAGAAUAAAAAGAAAAGUGAUGGGACAAUUGAACCUUUGAGUUAAGUUGUGCCUUAGCUGUUACUGAGUAAAUAUUAAAGGAAUAAAUUAAAGCAUUUUAAAUUGCAAACGAA